UACUCCAGGGACAUACGCUGGCAUCUCCAACAAGUGUUCAUGGGAAGCUGCCUCAAUACAUGUUUUCUGGUCACAGCCACAGCCGUUCUCAUGGCAUACUUCAGGUUUUCCAGAUGACCAUCUCCAACAGCCAACGAGCACACCUGAUCGUCCCAGGGCAUUCAUGUUCAUGGGCAUACAUCAGAAUGUCCAGGUGGCAUUCUUGGGCAGCACAAGCCCAUGCCCUUUCAUCCCAGGGACGGCUACUAUGCAUACUUCAGAGCACACGUACUGGUAGAGACAAUUAUUUAUGCUUUUGGAGUGACAGUCCCAUGAGCGAUAAGGAUGUUCCUUAAACUAAAAUCAGAUAUUUCGCAGCUCUGCUGUUUGACGUUAAAGCAAUCAGAGCUGAAGAUCCUCGGCGGCACUGACAUGCAGCUCAUUUUUUGCCAGUUGAAUUCUUUGGUUCGGAACUUCAAAAGGGGGCGACAAUGGCUGCAAACAUGAACGUAUCAGCUGCAGUAAAUGCCACACUUGUGAAUGUCGAUGUCUUAAUCAUUGGGGCGGGAGCCGCUGGUUUGACGGCAGCCUAUGAUCUCAAACGAAGUUCCGACAACAGUUUUCGGAUCUUGGAAGCAUCCUCGGUCAUCGGAGGACGGCUCAAGAAGAUGCCAACAGGUUUCGCAGACUUUCCAAUCGAUAUUGGCGGUGAAUGGAUUCAUGAUGAACCAACGGUGCUUGAAAACAUCACCGGUGUAGAGGUUGAAGUCGAAACUAUACCUUAUGUCGACAGUUAUGUUGAGUGGGAGGAUGGAGAAUGGUACUCGUACGGAUACUAUACUGAGGACUACAAGUUUGUCAACUACACGUGGUUUGACUUGUUCAAUGACUACAUGGCUCCCGACGUCCUCGAUCACGUGGACUUUGACUGUCAAGUGGAAUUUAUCGAUUGGUCCACAAUUCCAGUCGAAGUGAGCUGUUCUGAUGGCCUCCGGUAUUUCACUGCCAAUCAUGUCAUUGUCACUGUACCGAUGUCGGUACUCCAGAGUGAUGACAUUUAUUUUGAGCCAGCUCUUCCCGUAGAGACGCAGGUGGCCAUUGACAAGUAUGACUUCAUGUCUGGUAUGAAGGUGUUCAUGAAAUAUGGGGAAAGGUUCUACCGGGAGGCCUUUGAGUUUGCUUCCGACUAUCCGUACGAUGAAGAUUGGAUCAAUGGCAGUUCUCGCUACUUUUACUCGGCUACGUUUGGUCAAGACACUGAUCUCAACAUACUCGGAAGUUUUUCAGUUGGUGACACAUACGAGCCAUUUGUCAAUCUCACGAAUGAACAGAUCUUUGCCUCCAUCAAUACUCAACUCGACUCUGUUUACGAAGGACAAGCGUCAGAAUACUUUGUAGAGGGAUAUGUUCAAGACUGGAACGACCAACCCUAUAUCCGUGGCUCGUAUACUCACUUGGACGAGACUCCGGACGAGUGGGAUGCAAUCGAAGAACUGCGGUUGCCGCUGGAGGAUCGGAUUUUCUUUGCAGGAGAAGCGAUACCUCCCUACACCUACCAAUUUGGAAAUGUCCAUGGCGCAGCCUACUCUGGAAGAGCCGCUGCUGAGAAGAUCAUGGAUCUCCUUGGCCAAGCAGAUGCCGAUUUGGACGCGUCAAUCAGCCGAACAAAAUCUGGUGAGGCUUUGGAGCACAGCGAGAAAACCCAUGGCAGUCCAUCACUAAGUUCGUCCUCGAGAAGAACGUUUGUCAGCCAUCCCGUGGUAAGCUUUUGCUUGACCAUGUUUGCCUCAUACUUGGUGUGAAAAGCAUCUUGUUUGUGUGACAUGCCGCUGCGAUAACGGUAGCAUGUAUAGCCAGACCCCAUUUACCUUGAACCUGCAUUCCAUCUUUGCCCCUUCCUAGUUCUCGACUGUUUCCCUCCCUCUGAGGCUGCUUGGAUCUACACCUCUACCGUAGCUAGUCAAGUCGCCCUUCCAGAUUCUAUAGAUUCCAGAUGAUUGGCUCUUCUCCAUGUGUAAAGCGGGGCAUUCGGCAUUCUAACCGUUCUGCGCAGCUUACAAGGCUCUCAACUUUUAGCUUUCGAUCGAGUCCGAGGCAGGGCACUGACCGAACAAGCAUCCUUCAGUUCAAAGCGGUGCUUGAUCUAAACCUGAUAAUAUGCAUCUCUGGUACCGGUACGGUGCAAAAGGAGACUGUUUUGCCCUACCA